AUGGCUCAAGAUCAACACCCUGCCAUGCUCACCUUGUUGCAAACGCUCGAAACUGGAGAUGCAAAAGUCGACCGAGACUUGCGAUUGCUGUGCAACAAGGAUUGGUCUUCCACCUCGUUGGGCCCAAUGUCCUCAUGGCCUCAGGAUUUAUUGACCCUCAUCUAUAUGGCUAUGCUAUCCCCACAGCCUCAACUAUUCUUUCUGGGUAGCGAGCAACUAUUCGUGUACAACACUGCGUACGGUUCUGUGCUUCGCGACCAUCAUCCUGCAUAUUUUGGGAAGCCUUUCUCGUCGCUGGAUCGUCUACAACUGCAGAAUCGUGCACUCAACCAAAUCGUCAAGGAUGCUACCGAAGGAAAUUCUCCUGCGAUACAAACAGACAAGCUUCUUUUCCUCGACAACGGCGGUGACAUGGAAGAAGUUUUCGUGACGGGAACCAUGGUCAAACUUCCACCGCAUUUGCCCGGAUACCUGUCAACUCUCCAUGACACAACGCUCGCAGUGGUCACAAGAAGAAGGAAUGAAUUUCUUGUCGCACUGAAGAGUUCAUGCGACUCAGCGAGCGAUCUACCAGCACUUUUGCAAUCUGUUCUACAAAGUUUAAUUUCAUCAGAAAUUGACUUUCCAUUUGCAGUAGCGUAUAUGGUUCAAGAUCAGCCGAUCGGGGAGAAUGUGCUUGACAGUCCGCGACGCGAUGAAGGCGAAGUCAGCUUGCGCCUGGUAGGCAGCGUGGGAGAUUUCGACAGCCCUUUACCAGAGCUGCUAGACCUUGAGUCACUGGACGAUACAUUGACACAGCGCAUGCGAAAAUCGAUAACGUCCCGAGAAGCUGUUAAAAUUCAUGCCACGGAGGAUGCCAUGUUGGCGAACUGGUGUCAGGCGUCGCGGAAUCGUGGCUAUGGCGUUAGUUGCAAAGAGGCGAUCAUUUUCCCAACAAGCUAUACGGCUUUUCACGGUGUCAAAGCUCUCUUAGUAGUCGGCGUAGCACCACGCAGACCCUUCGACGACUCAUAUCAGACCUGGAUUCGGGAGGUGCANAAAUGUAUAGCAGAUUAUGCUUUCAAAAUAGCAGGCGCCGAGGCGAAAGAGGCAGAAAAGCAAAAGGCACUUGAUCGAGCGCGGGAGGUCGCCGAGAUCAACGAUAGAGAGCUCCGACUCCGGGAAGAGGAGACUAAGAUAGCUAACACAAAGAUGACGAGUGUGUUAGCGAUUGCAGAAACAAUAGACGUAGGGUUCUUCGACUAUUUACCUACAGGAGAACUCAUUUCAGGCAACAACGCGUUUUAUGAGCUGAGUGGUUACCCAAGAGACCCGACGCUGAACAGGCAAUACACCUUUCUGGACUACUGCAUGCCAGAAGACGCCGAAAUGGUUUAUGAAAAGUGGAACUGGCUUAUGACGGGCAAGCCGGUCACGUUCGAAAUGCGCUGGAAGAACAACACACCGACGGGACAGUGGGUGGUAGCCGCUUGCACGCCAGUUUUCGAUGAUUCUGGCAAUAUCAUCAGCAUUGCCGGCUGUACAACAGAUAUCGCAGCACAAAAGCUUGCUGAGGAGAACGCAUCUAAGAAAGCAGAGGCCCUGGAACAAGUGAGACUCAGUCAAGCACGCUUACUACAGUUCACAGACAACGCUCCUAUUGGUAUCGUGAUUCGAGGAUCUUCAGAUGAACCUUUGUACGUCAACAAUAGUUGGUUCGACAUCACUGGUCAUCCCAAAAUCUCAUCCCCGGACAUCGAUGUCAUUCAGUCUGUUUGUUAUCCCGAUGAUAUCUCGUUGAUCAUCGCGAAACGUGAAGAGGCUAUCGAGCACAAAAAAGCUGUUGAUUUCAGGGCUCGACUCAAGAAGACGUGGUCCAGCGUUGACGGCUCAUUCCGAGGUCAAGCAUGGGUCUCCAUCAUAUUCUUCCCAGAAUUCAGCGAUGACGGUAUCCUGAGCCGCGUGAUGUCGACGUGGACUGACAUAUCACAUUCUCAAUUCUCGGAGGAAAUGCAGCGCAAACGACUGGAAGAAGCUAUUGAAGCUAAAAGAAGAACUGAAGCGUUCAUUGAUAUCACCAGCCAUGAGAUCCGAAAUCCGCUUGGAGCCACAGUGCAUUGUGCCGAUCUUCUGAAAGAAUCCUUGUUCGAGAUGAGACAGCUCAUCGAUACGCUGGAGAAAGUUGAGAAAGAUGACAGUACUUGUCAGAAAACAAAAGCCCAAUUAGAGGAGCAUCUAAGAAGUGGGACCGAGGCAGUCGACACCAUUAUUUCCUGCUCAAUGCAUCAGAAGAGGGUCACCGAUGAUAUCCUCUCCUUGAGUAAACUUGACUCUAAUCUUCUUCAAGUGGCUCCAACUGCGGUCCGUGCCACCGAGAUGUUGAACAGCGUGGCGAAUAUCUUCGCUGUGGAAGCCGAACGCGUGGGAGUCAAGCUUCGAACUCAACUGGACAAAUCACUGAGCGAACUCAACAUUGACUGGGUCAUUGCAGACUCGGGUCGAAUCAGUCAAGUUCUGGUAAACCUAACCACAAACGCUCUUAAAUUUACAAAAACAUCCAAAAAUGAGCGUACAGUUGUCGUUUGUCUUGGCGCAUCCAAAGAACGACCCACCAAUCUGUCGGUAACCUAUGUUACUACUGAGAGCUCAGAAGCUCAAGUGCAAGCAAAGCCCACAGCUGACGCGACUUUCUAUCUCUGGUUCUCAGUGACCGAUAGCGGCUGCGGUAUGAGCGAGGAGGAGCAGAAACGCAUGUUCAACCGUUUCUCUCAAGCUUCGCCGAAGACUUAUACUCAAUACGGCGGUUCUGGACUCGGGUUAUUCAUCAGUAAGAGGCUAGUGGAGCUUCAGGGCGGACGGAUCGGUUUAGCAUCACAAGUCGAUGUCGGCUCCAGGUUCGCUUUCUACGUUCCAGCAACAGAAGACCUAAAAUCUACGGAUAAAUUGCGGCCUGAUAUGGCAAUACGCCAAAAGUCUCAAACUCGUAUCUCGACAGCAGUCAAUGGAGCAAAUUCGAGUCAGCAGUCGUCGAAUUACUCGGUCCUGGUGGUCGAGGAUAAUCUGGUCAAUCAGAAAGUUCUUCAAAAACAUCUCACCAGACUCGGAUACAAGGUGCAAGUUUCAAAUCAUGGACAGGAAGCCCUGGACUACCUUACGACGACAAGCAUCUGGAAGCAAGACAGCCAUGAUCCUACCGAGACGUUAGCAGACGUAGAUGUGGUUCUCAUGGACAUAGAGAUGCCUGUCAUGGAUGGCUUGACCUGCUCUAGACGUAUUCGUGACUUGCAGGCUUCUGGUGAUAUUGUCAGACACAUUCCGAUCAUCGCUGUCUCUGCAAAUGCGCGAACUGAGCAGACGAAACAAGCCUACGAUGCAGGAGUAGAUGGUUUCAUCGUCAAGCCAUUCCGCAUACCGGAGCUGACGUCUGUGAUCAAGAGCCUGAUUAACAUUGAGGAUCACGCCGCAAGCGUGCCGACAUAG